GUCGGUCAAACGUCAAAAAGUAGGUCAAUAUUUUACAUUUUACCUUUCAAUACGUGUGCUCAUAUGUUUAGAAAUUUUAUAAGAUAUUUUAUUAGUCAAAGGUUCAACCAUGUAGUGAAUAUCAACUUGAAAUUCUCUUAUUUCUGAAGAUUCCAUUAAAAAAUACUCGAAACAACUGAACAUUUUAUCCUAGGUAUAUGAAAAGGAGAAUGGUUUGAAAAGUGAAAUAUGGCUGAAAAAUUAGGUUUAGGAAAUGAAAUAAGAGAAUUGAAAAUUGGACAGAGCUUUACGAAUCCAAAAUCAAAAGCUUUUCAUACCCUAAAAUAUGACUUCAAACCAGCAUCUGUAGAUACCAGCAAAAAAGCAAAUGUUGAAGUUCCUGGAGUCAAUCAAGUUACUGUUACAGUCCCUCAUUUAGAUGGGGCAGGCAUUCCUCAGACAGUAUUUAAAGGUUCCCAGAAGCCAUAUACUAAAGAAUGUGUCCUCAUAAUAGAUAGGGUAACAGGAGAAAUUACAUUAGAAAAAUUAAGCUGCAAUAUUCAAGUGAAGAAAACUAGGAGUGAAUAUAAUAAACCAAAUGUCUCUAAAGGCGACAGGACGAGCCAGAGCGAAGGCCGGCCGCCGGGCAGCGCCAAAUCCAGCCCGCCGUUGCGGCAGCCGCAGCCGCAGCAGCGAGAGAACGCUGUCGGGCAUCGCGUGUCGCACAAAACGCGCGUGGCGAGCGGCAGCCGACGCGCCGACCGCCACAUCACCCACCUCGUGCCCAAGCACUCGCCGCUGCACGCCAGUCCGACCAGCAACUGCUCGCCGGCGCAGGCGCAGCACAACUCGCUGCCGCCGCCUUCCAAUAACGAAUUACAUAAUCAGAGCACUCUUGCCAGCCUCCCGAUGAUAGGCAUGGACGACUUCUCUGAUAUGAGGCCAUCCUCUCGAAAUGCUCAUCCACCAAAUUCGCACAGUUCGCGCAGCACCUCACAGCUUCCGACGCAACAGAAGCGACCCACUCCCCCCUCUCUACCUCCUCCCAAGAUUGACAACAACGGCGUAGGGGAGAUCACGGAUAGCUCCUCAUCGAGUAGCAGUAGCGAUUCCGAAUCCGACGGUGAAGCUACAUUAACGAAUAAAAGUUUGCCAUCUGCCAAAAUGAAUGGGUACAGUAAUGGCAAUUCCGGCCCUGUGAAAAUUGAUACGGGCGUGCUCAAUGACGAUUUGUGCCUCUCUGAAAGUGGGUCUGACUCGGACUGAUCUGUUUUAAGGGUUCUUCCCGUUUUGUCCUGUGUAAUUUUGUGAAUACGACGAAAUGGCAAAGUUUAUAUGGUAAUGAAAUGUUUGUAAGAAAAUUAUAUAUUGUGUAUUAUAUUUACAGAAAUACAUACCUACUGC